AUGAUCUACUCAAAGAGUGCUCGCGCUUCGGGCUCCGCCUCAGACCGCCGCCAUGCGAUUGCGGAAUUUGCACGGCAUCACCCGACGGACCCGGUGGAUGUCAUCACCGCCGAUUUCAUGAGCGAGUUCAACAUGGCCACUGCCGCGGGUCGGCGAGUGGACCAGGCAUCCGCCCCAGAUGCACCACCAGCAUACGACCUCUCAUUUUUGGAGGCAUUGGAUCCUGCGCUGGAAGAUCUAGCCAAGUAUGGAAUUAAAAUAGCGGUCAAUGCAGGUGUCACAGACACAAACGGCCUAUAUGAGGCGGUCAUACAGAUGGUCCAGAAGAAGGGGCUGGAUUUGAAAGUUGCGUGGGUGUCUGGAGACGAAGUGCUUCCUGCUGUGUCGAGAUCGUUGGCGGCUGGAGAAUCCGAAUUCCGCAACAUCUACACGGGGGAACGACUGGCGGACUGGUCCUUCGAGCCGAUCUACGCGCAAUGCUAUCUGGGAGGGCUGGGCAUCGCCGCUGCACUCGCCGAGGGUGCAGAUAUUGUGCUGUGUGGACGAGUAUCCGAUGCAUCACCCGUGAUUGGCGCGGCCUACUGGUAUCACGGCUGGCAACGUGACGAGCUGGACAAGCUCGCCAACGCGUUUGUCGCGGGCCAUCUCAUCGAAUGCAGCAAUUAUGUUUGCGGAGGGAACUUCACCGGGUUCAAGACCCUGGAACAUGGUGGCGGCUGGGAGAAUAUCGGAUACCCGAUUGCUGAGAUCUCCAAGGAAGGGGACGUGAUCAUUACGAUGCAGAAGCACGCAUCGGGCGGUGCGGUGACUGUCGACACUUGCAAAUCACAGUUACUGUAUGAGAUCCAGGGACCCUGGUACUUUAACUCGGACGUCACAGCGGUGCUGAAUGGCAUCCACUUCGAACAGCGAGGCAUCAAUCGAGUGGCCGUCCACGGGGUACGGUCCGGCCCCCCUCCGCCCACCACCAAGGUCGGCAUCACCGCUCGCGGGGGGUUCCAGGCCGAGGCUUGGUGGUUCCUGACUGGACUAGACAUCGAAGACAAAGCGCGAAUGCUGGAGGUGCAGAUUCGCCGGUUGCUGGCUCCGUCCUCGAACCGGUUCACCGUACUCAAGUUCGAUCUCCUGGGCUCCAGUCAGCCCGAUGCACGGGAUCAGAACCGUGCCACGGUGCCACUGCGGAUCGUGGUGCAGGCGCCGCGUGCGGAGGACCUGGCACCGGUGCGAUUCUUGAAACCGAUCACGGACAACAUCAUGGCUGGGUACCCCGGGGCCACCUUCCAUCUGGAUAUGCGCCAAGGUUUCCCUCGCCCUCUGUUCGAGUACUAUGUGACCCUUCUGCCACAGCAGGACGUGCAGCAUCGCGUGCAUCUUCCCUGGAAACCUACGGCGCACACUCGGGUUCUCGACCUUGCACCUCCGCCACGCACCAAAACGUACCCCUCUCGACAACCUUCACUGGCGAUCACCCAUACGGAAAAGCCAGUCGACCUGGCCCAUGAUUUUGGACCCACCAUGCGCGGGCCGCUAGGAUGGAUUGUCCAUGCCCGCUCGGGGGACAAAGGAGCUGACUCCAACUGCGGAUUUUGGGUCCGCUACCGCGAUGAGUACCUGUGGCUCCGCACCCUGUUGUCGGAAGAGACGGCGCGGGUAUUGCUGGGGGAGACCGGCCGCACUCAGUCGCAGCUAGAGAUCGAGCGCUUCGAGCUGCCGGGUCUACAUGCAGUACACUUCCUAUUCCGUAAUUUGUUGGAUCGCGGGGUCGGGGUGACAAGCACGGUGGACGUGUUGGGGAAGAACGUCGCGGAAUUCCUGCGGGCGCGGCACGUCGAUCUUCCCGUGCGCUUUCUGAACCGGGGAAAACUAUAA